GCCGCUACCUCAUUAGCAUAAAUUGUUGGCAAUUGUCAAAUUUAUAGCAAGAGUAUAUAUGUAUCUAGUAAAAUUUACAUUUAGCACCUAGUUGUCUUUUCGCACUCACUUUAUAUACAUAUAUACAUAUGUGUAUAUCGAUAACUGUAUAAUCAAGAGCAAAAACUACUUCAAUGAAACUUAUCAGCGCAAGCAGCUACCAAAAACAAGCGUUUUCUUCUUGUGGCACGAUCCGCGCUAAUCGAUCGACUGCGAAUCUGUUGCUAGAUAUAGAUAUGUACAUACAUAUAAUGAUCGGCCGACUUAUCGUUAACAGCCCGCGAAACGUGCAGUGGCAAAAAUGCUUAUCUGGCUCUCGCCGCUCACCGCUCGCCACUCGCCGCUCGACUCGGGAGACGAGUCGACUCGAAUCGAGUCUGCAGACAACUGCCAGACAGAGCCGACAGAGCGGACAGAGUCGCAUCCAAUCGAACGUGCUGCAGUCAGCGGUAGAUCAAACUGUAAACGAAAACUGAAAUUCUGUGGCCAGAUAAGCGCUUCAGCUGGCCGGAGCGAUAAGCGUCUUGGCUUGGCUAUAAAAUCGCCCAGUUAGCCGUUGAGCUGCAGCAGUCGUCACAAUGCAGCAAGCAACGAGCUGGAGAAGAUGGCUCUGCGGACUAUGUCUGAUCUCGAUCUGGCGGCAUUCGGAGUCGACGGCCAGCAUAGAUCGCAUACAGAAGCACAAUUUGGAGCUGCUGUCGCAGCAGCUGAAUCGCGGCUGGCGUGCAUUCUGUGAUGCGCCCGUCGACGAGGGCGUCAUGGCGCUCUACGAGGGCAUCAAUCCCAGCGAUGCGCGCCUGCACGUGAUGACCAUCACCAAUCAGAGCAUUCAGCUGCCCAUCAAGUCGAUGCCGGAGCUGCGCGAUUUCGACAUCAAUCCGCAGCGCAAGACUCUCAUCUAUGUGAAUGCGUUCCACACCGCCGACAGUUAUUUCAGCGUGCAGGAGCACCUGACGCUGUUGCAGACGACGCGUCGGGACCUCAACAUCAUCAUCGUGGACUUCGCCACGAACGUGGCCCAGCUGUACUACACAGUGCGGCAUCAUCUCUCCGUGCACGGCUACUCCAUCUACAAGCUGCUCAGCUCGCUGACGGAUGCGGGCAUUGCGCCGGAGGACAUUACGCUGGCGGGGCAUUCGGUGGGCGCAAAUAUUGCUGCGCUGGGCGCUGAUUUGUUUGCCAAGAGCAGCAAGCGGCAGGUGGGUCAGCUGAUCGCCAUCGAUCCAGCCACCAUGUGCCGCACCACCGACAUACUCGUCCGGCACAAUGUGGCGGCGCGUGUGGUGGUGCUGCACGGCGAGGGCGACGUGUUUGGUGUGCGUGUGGCGCUGGGCCACGUGGACAUCUAUCCCAAUGGCAUCGGCUACUUUCCGCGCAAGAAACUGCAGCCGGGCUGCGACAGCAAGAUCUGCAGUCACAUGUACCCAUUCGUGUUGUUCAUGGAGGCGCUCAUCGAGGGCGUCAUGAUACCAGCCACCAAGUGCGAGAACUGGGCCAAGUUCAGGCAGGGCGAUUGCAGCUUCGAGAACACGAUCAACAUCGGCCUCAUCUAUCCGGCCAAUGCGAAGGGCCUGUACUUCUGCAUGACUCAGCCGAAUCCUCCGUUCACCUACAUGGAGCACGGCUUGAGGUAUCGGGCAAAGCAGCCAGAGAAAUCAAAAUCACAUAACGCUUGAAAUGCUGUUGAAUGGAAUUAAACUAGGAGAUAACUUGUUCUAAUAUUAUUAACUUGAUUGUAAGCUAGAUAUAAGUUAAUUUAUUCUAUAGAUGUAUAUCAAUUAUCCAUUUUUCAUAUUUAUGAAGAUGAAGAUAUUUGAAAAGUUUAAGCUAUUAUUGUACAACUGUUGUCUUUUUUCAUAUAUUUAAAUAUAUAUAUAGUAAAGGCCAAUUUUUAUUAAA